AUGUGGCGUACUCUGCAGCUCUUGUGGCUGUACCUUGGGCUGUGCGUCGUGCUGUCGUGGUCCAAGAUGCUGCAGACAUUCGCCUCCUUCCAGGCGACCAUGAAGACGCUCAGUGGCCUUAGCUCCAUCUACAGCGGCUUCGUGGCGUUCAGGGUGGUCCGUCAGACGCGCUUUUGGGCCAUGCUGCACGAGAUGAAGAGUCUUAUCCAAGUUCUGGAGGAGGAGGACGGGGCGGCAGAAAAGGUGUGGGUGGCACGCACGCGGCGAACCAUCGUCGUGUUCUCCUGCCAGUCCAUAACCUUAAGCAUUGCCAUGGGGGCAAGCAUUGUGCUCCAUUUUACAUUCUCUGGCGACGAAUCUAUGGUGUUCCUCCUCUGGCCGUUCAUGCCUUACACGGGGUCCUGGGGAGUGUACGUCGCCAGGCUGGUCACUGGAGUCUGCGUGCUGCUAAUCCUCCUGAGCAUAUUAUUCGUGGUGAUCGUCCUGGGCUGCACGACGGCAGCUGCCACCGGCAUGCACCACGCCCUGGCGCAGGGCCUCCUCGCAGCCGCGACCCCAGAGGUCGUCGGGAACGCGGUCGCGCUGCACCAGAGGCUGCGCACCGUCACCUUGGAUAUGACCGAUUUCUUCGCGGCCAACCUGGCCCACCUCAUGGCCAGCUCGUUCUUUCACUCGUCUGCCGCUCUUAUUCAGGUGUUGGCCAGCGGAGUGAUAACCUCGACUACGGUCUUCCAACUGUUUCGCGUUGUGGGGGUCUUCCUCCAGCUCUCGUACCUCAGCCAGGAGCUGGAAUUCUAG